AUGUCUCAUCAGGUACAGUAAUAAGCAAAGCACAACAGCACAAAUGGCAGAUUACUACCAAUAUAAAUUCUGAUAAAACAAUUUUAAAACUUACAUGAAAAGCACACUUGCUUUUAAGAGGACAUUCUGAAAGACAAAAAAAAACAUAAUAUGGUCACCAUUGUUUAUGCAAUAACUUAUAAUUAUAAUAUUUUACUUCUGAAAAACAAUGUUUUAGAUUACAUCCUUCCAUUCCUUUUCCUAAAAUUAAUACUGCCAUGUCUAUAUUAAUCUAAAUUAUUUUAAAAACACACACACAAAAGUAUUUAAACAAUAAAAUAUUAUGAAAAUCUUUAUUGUUAUACAGUACACCAACUUAAAUUGUAACAUGGAUAUUUCUGCUUCGAUUCUUUAAGAGGGCAAAAAGAGAAUCACAAAAAGAAAAGGCAACCAGGUGGAUCCUGGCAGAAGAAGAUCAGCCAGGUCUUGAGUUAAGAGUUAUUAAUGAAAAAAUUGGUAAGUUCCACUUGAUAGAUUAACAAUAAUAAUAAUAUAUUACUAUAUAUAAUAUAUCGAAACACAUUGGUUUAUUUGCAAAGAAAAUCAAUUACUUUUUUCAUGAAAGAAGAAGCAACUAUUAAGUUUUAAAAAUGUCGAAAACAAAAAAUAUAUCUUAAAAACAUUUAAGUGAAAGUUGAUGUGAUAAGAUAUGUUUUCUAAUUCAUCAAUUAAGAGAACCAAUGGAUUCAUGUUAAACACUAGCCAAAGCAUAACACUAUUUAGUUAUUUAGUGUUUUGAUGCAAUAUUUUGUCAUAAUGAUGUAUAAUGACUAAUAAAGUCUUUUUUUAAUUAGUGAAGACUAACUGAUCAAUACUUAAUUUGACAAUUUUAUUUGCACAUGCCAUUAAUUACCCUCCACAAGUAUUGGAUAUAAGUUGUGUAGGCACAAGCAAUUAUUAUCUGUUUGACAAUGUGUUGCUUUUAUCUGCAAAACUCUAUUAUAACCACUUUUGCUUUGUAAAAUUAUAUAGGAAGAGGAGUCUUUGCAACCGAACCCUUCAAAAAGGGGGAUUUCCUCCUACAGUAUAGGGGAGAGAGAAUAACUGGCAGUGAAGGGGAGCACAGGGAAAAGAACUAUCCAGAUGAAGCUGGCAAUUUUUUAUACUUUUUUCAAGAUCUUCAAGGAACUUAUUGGUAGGUAUUGUAAUGCACAUCCUUGGAAACCCAAGGGCAGUUGGUGGGACAACAGAAUGUUCGUGGUGAGAGUUUACUAUAAAAUCGGGAACAGCCUCUGGGCACUAAUUACUCUUACCAAACCAGUUCCAGAAGGGUUUGAAUUGCAUGCUUCUGAUUGGGCAGAAAAAUUGGCCACGAGUUUGUUUUCACAAAAUGCUAAUGAGCGAGGCUUUGCGACGUGGACUGUCAUCGUCAAAACAGACCUCUGAAAACAAACCUCUAGGACUUGAAGGUUCACAAAGUCUUUGCCGUCUUUUCGCUUCACACUAAGGAUAAACUCGCAGAGAUAUCAUUUAAUUCUUUGGCUUUGAUGUCUUCAGCAUUUCUUUGUUUGUGUUUUUAUCUCAGAAAUUCAAUGAGUACCUUCACAUCUCUCAUCAUUUUAACCCUUGCAUUUUUGUUUUGUUGUUUGAUAAUAUAGUCGUAAAUUGACUUUUCUUAAUGCUCAAAUCUCGUGGAUCCCUGAGCCAUUGUUAAUGGUACAAAUGUUUUCUUGCUAUGGAGCUUUGCACGCAAGCAACUUAAAUGAAAUCAGUGGUAUGUUGAAAACAAGUCUCCUGAUUGGACGUAAAGGUUUACACAUGUGUGAGAAAACCAUCUCGCUUGCUGUGACUUGCUAUCAGAAUUUUUAAAGUAGGUUUUCAUAUGAAGAAAACUGUAGCCUGCAUAACAGGCGCUUUAUGAGCCAAGCGGGGCGAACAUGAUAUUUCGCUCAGAGCGCGACACGAGCGUGGAGCGCGAGACGAGGGAAAGGGAAAAAUAAAGCUUUAUUUACUUUUGCUUUAUUGCUUUUUUGCUUUUGCUUUAUUUUUCUCUUUCCCUCGUCUCGUGCUUCGCGCUCGUGUGGCGCUCCACGCAAAAUAUCACGUUCGCCCCACUUGGCUCAUAAAGCGCCUGUCAUGCAGGCUAUGAAAACUGUGAGUAAAUCUCAGUAUGUAUAUAAUAUUACACCAGUGUCACCCGGCUGUUCCUCUUUGCUAAUUGACCAGAAAAACAUUUUUCUGGCCAAUCAGAAGCAGGCAAUUCAAACCUUCCUGGAACUGGUUCAGUAAGACUAAGUGCCCAGGCCGGGGCUGUUCUGGAUUGUGUAGUAAACUUCCAUCAUCAUGAACGUUCUAUCGUCCAGGCUAACUACCCCUGGGUUUCAAGGAUGUGUAAUGUACUGCGAGAGCAGUACAAUAUUAAUAAAUAAAAAGUAACAAUAAUAACAAAAUCACCAAGUUUUUACAGACUGAAAGUAAGAUUUUUUUGUGAAAGCUUAAGCACAAGAGUACAGUAAUUCGAAAUUUGUUUUCAUUUGCUCAGACAUUUAUCUUCAGAAUUGCAAGGUUUGAACUAUAUAGAUCGUUUUCACUGUCACGCAACAAAAAAAUAAAUUGGAAACCGUCCAGUGGAAGAAGCCAAGAAAAUGACAUGUUACAAAAGACUAAUAUAUAAACAAUUUGUUCAAGUCUCAGGUCUUUUUUUUAAUUUGUGGCCCACAGUUUCUGACUUAUUUGCCGAAACGUUUCACGCACCCUUGAAGAGCUUUGUAUGGAGACGCCAUAUUGGUGUACCGUUUUCGUCCACCAAUAUGGCCGCCGGAAAUCAACAAAACAUCUGGAGCUCACUUUUUCUAUAAAAGCUCUUUCUUUUCACUCGAGUACCAGCCUACGUGCGCAUAAACAUAACUUGUGAUACUUGAAAUGGUGAUACUGCUGAAAAUCAAGAGGAGAGACUUUUUUCAACGAGACAGCAUUCCUGUUUUGCUGCCACGCACUGUGAAAACUCGGCAGUUGGUAUUGCUGUCUUUUCGAUAUUAAACAUGCUUUUCUUUUCACUCGAGAACCAGCCUACGUGCGCAUAAACAUAUCUUGAAAUACUUGAAAUGGUUAUACUGCUGAAAAUCAAGAGGAGAGACUUUUUUCAACGCGACAGCAUUCCUGUUUUGGUGUCACGCACUGUGAAAACUCAGAAGUUGGUAUUGCUGUAUUUUCGAAAUGAAACAUGCUACGGGAAUGGAAACUUGAACAAAGAUUUAUUUUUUGUUUAUCUUCAACCUAGUCUAAAUAAGAAUUCGUAAAACCUUGCUGUUUUGACUUAACAGUUUGAUGACGUCACUGUGAAAACCAUCUAUUGAACUAGGUCAUGUGAAGAGAAUCACAUUUAUUGCAAUUCCUAGCUCCACAGUCAUCCACAAAAAGUGAAAAAUUACAGCUAAAAAAAUAAGUAGAUUCCAGCCAAGCUGUGGCUUAACUCAUUAUAUGCCCAGGACUUUUCACGUUUUCGAGUGAUUUUCUACAUACAAACAACCCAUAGGAUUUCGUGACUUCGUAUUUGGAGUUACCAAGGAAAGCGGCGCUGUUCUGAUACACUGAAGGCUCGAGUUUUUUGAAAACGUCAUUCUCACAUCAGUAAUUUUGCUUCAUUGAGCUGUAAUAACGGCUGAAGUUUGGUUUGUAUGCAGUUUUUGGUAAGUUUACAGUCAUUUUUCAUCUUAAUUUAGUGGCUGCCUGAUGAGCAUCAUUAAGCACAUGACGGUAGCAAAGAUUCCACUUUCUCAAAGAAGCGAGUAAGGUGAUGUACUUUCUUUGCAAACUUGGCCUGUUUCUCGUUGAACUGGAAAAAUGGCCGCUCCAAAACGAAGUCACUUUAUUUUAGGACUUGACCACUGAUGAAUUUCUUGACAUACUGCAUAUUUAGGAAUUUGUGACUACUGAGAGUUACAACAAGUGUGAAAUUUCCAUGGUAGGUCAGAGUGGCUUUACGGACUUAGUAUAAAUUAAUAUCAAAAAAGUGGAGGAAGGAAUGGCUGCUGUCAAAAAUUCUGGCUAUUUCCCGGCACAAAACACAGUUGUGAUGUUGAAAAUUGAUGUAAAGGCAGGAUGCACUAGAACAAAAGGCUGUAGCUUGGCCCUGGUAAAUGAAUAAGAGCAAAAAAAUCGCUUCUAAGCUAGAAAAAGGAUUGAAUUUUACUGUGAAUGUUGACUUUUGGUUCUGCAACGAUAAUUUCUGUAAAAAACCUGAAGGCAAAAAACCUGAUUUUUCUUGUUUUUCUACGAUGUCAAAAACGGUCAUUUUUGUCCUUGUCCAAAUUCAAAAGGUAAUCAUUUGCAAAAAGUGCCGACUUUUUUGCAUUUAUUGGAUACCCCAAUGCUAACAACUGACAGCUAGUUAAGGCAAUGUUCGCACGAUUGAGAAAGUUGCAUUGCGACGUGUUGUUGCAACUUGUUGCCUAGAGUGCUCCCACAUUAAAAAUCAUAUCUACAUCACAGGCAGGAGCAGGAACAGAUGAAUGUGCAGAUUUGGGUUAAAUCCAUUUGAAAGUGAAGUCACAACAACUACUUCAUGUAUAAAGCAUUGAAACAGUCCAGGGGCCAAAUCACAAUCUAAAGAGCAUUUACCCCACGAGGGUCUUUACGUACGAUUGCCUGUUAAAUGGUUAAUUGUAUACCUAAAUGGUUAAAACUUUUAUAAUUUCAUAAAGAAUUUACAAUUUACAAUAAAUUGAAAUAAAUGUUUUCCUGUACCAUACAUUUCUCAAUGCAUUUUGAUAAACAUCAAUGCAAUCGAGAAAUAAUAUAAUCUGGCUCCUUUAAGUAAUAAAUCAAUAUCCAAAAUCACUUUUCAGCAUUGACGCCACUUAUUCAAGUGGUCUUGGACGGAUUGUCAAUGACAGCCCUAGGACAAAGGCAAAUGCUGUGAUGAGGAAAAUCAUCUUAGACAAUAAGACAUACCUCUGUCUAUUUGCGGCUGAAGAGAUCCAAAAAGGCACAGAAAUCCGUUAUGACUAUGGCACAGACGACCUCCCCUGGAGAAAGGAAGGUAAAUUAAUUUUUAUUACAUUAAUAUCACAAUGAAGGCAAUGGUUUAAGGAAUGUAGAGCAGUUGUUUUUUUUUCACUUUCUAGUGAAUUUCAAUCAUUGUGCUUGGUUAGCAAUCACAGGAAAUUGGUACAACACAAUAAUUACUGUAGAAUUGACAGACUAUAGUAUUAAUGGUGGCUACUAAAAUAAAUGAAAUAACGAGGUUUAGAUUUUGCGUGAAUGUCUUUUUCUCAAUGUAACACUCAUAAAAUUUUCAGAAAUAAGUUUCAUCAAAUUGGACAAGAUUUCAUUAGAAUAUUGCACAAAUCGCGAAGCAGUGAGUGCAAUAUUGGUUUUCAAGUGCAAUUUAACACCGAAUUCACAAGUCAGGUAAUUGAUUUUCCUUGAAUCGCAUAGUUGAAUAAAAAUAACACAAAAAGAGCAGCACACUCCAGAUAGCCAUUUCAAAGUCAACUGUCAGAACUGUCAUUGCGUUAGCAAAUAAGAAGCAAGGUCAGUCACAUAUGUUUGAACCAUAGCUUAAUUGACAACUGACACAACUUUAUUUGUACCUUGUGCUUGUUUUUACAUUUUAUUUUCAAACUUCACACUAAUCUUAAGGAUAAACGGUGGUUUUUCACUGAAUUGCCGUUUAUCUAUAAUAUCUUUUCUCAAUUUCUCUGUGCGCGAUUAGAUCAUAUNUUCUGUGUUUUCCCUAUUUUAAUGCUAUGCAAAGUAUAUGUCACCUUUAAAAAGGCUAUGUUUUUCAUAUGUUUUUACUAUUUCUAGGCUAUCUAAAUUCUAAGCAAACCCUAUUCAAAAGCUAUUUAAUCAACUGUUCCCUGUUCCAUUUUACUAUGUAAACUCUAUUUCAGUCCUAUGUGAAGGCUAUUUAUUUUCUAUGAUUUUUCUAUGAGGUUGACUAUGAAGUCUAAAAUCUCUUUCCACAAGCUAAGUAAACUGUAUGUAUAGGCUAUGUGGAAACUAUGUCAUUUCUUCCUUUAUUCCUACCUUUAAAAACUGCAUAGGUUUUAAGUAGGUUCCGUUUGACUAGCGAAAACAUAGCAUUUUCGAUACAAAAAACAUAGUCCUGGCAUAGAAACAACAUAGGAUCUGGGUAAAGCAAUGUAUGACUCAUUAACAUAGGUUUUACAUAGCUUUGUGACAUAGCAUUUGCAUAGAUUCUACACAGUGUCUGAUUCUACAAGGGUUGCUGGCGAUUUUUUGGGCCAUAUUCACAGGAAUUUCUUGCUUUCCUGUUGUCACGGAGCAAAAGACGUUUUUUAUGCCUUUCCAAGAAUUUGUAGUUCUGUUCAAAACAAGGAAGAACCUCCAGCUCCCUUUGUAAAACACUUCUGUUUGUUUUUGGCUCUUCAAAAGGUGACAAUGGUUUUGAAAACAUUUUAAAAUGACAUUGUAGAAAAACUUUUUUGUGGUAGUUGUGUUAGAAUUUGACCAUAGUUGUUACGUAGAUGCGAAACUAUAUUACUUUAGCCUUGUUUUCAAUUUGCGAUUCCAUGCUAAAUACCUCGCUUUGUUAACCAAUCAGAAUGCGAGAUUUUUUUUCAAUUAUGUGAUUCUAUUUAAAAUUUCAAAGUUGUCAAAUAAAACAUUAUUCUUCUAUUUUUCCAUGACCAUUCGAAUACUGGUGUUUAGUUUUCUGAGUUUUACAGUAACACCUUGGUCCCAAGAACAUUUUAAUUUGGAGGAACAAACAGUCAAGUUCCAUCGAUUUGUAAUCGCAGCCCGUCAGCAUAACAGUUAUUCCCCCUCAAGAAUCUUUAACAAUUGCACGAGACACCAAUGCAGUUUGAACUACUACCAUCCAGUCGCACUCUCAGAUUCAGUGACAAUAGAACAGUUCCUGUGAAAUGCUGUGGUGCUGAGAAAGAACGAGCUUCACCAUCACACUAACUGUCCCUGCUGAUGGGAAGAAACUGUAACCACCUUGAGUGACCUUCAAGGAUGUUUGAACUCCCAGAGGCCUUGAUUGUUGUUCCACCAACAGGAAUGGAUGGAUAAAGUAGGUAAGCUAAUUAAAGUCGCUUUAGAUUUCUUGCUCUGUUGAUUUGUACAAAUGAACGGGCAAGAUUCAGUGCAAAUUAGCAGUCAAUUUUUACAAACAAGAUACAGAAUUUUUCUUUGUGACUUAUGAGUUCUGUUUUUUAUUUCUUCUUUAUCUUAAGCAAUGGGUCCGUGCAUGCCUACCGAGAGGUCCUACAGCUGAGUGCAUGGUGUUGUUGGUUUGGGACUUAUUCCAUUUCCACUUGACAGAGCCAGUAAAGGAACAUUUGCGGCAGCAAUACAUUGAUGCAGCAGUGAUUCCCCACUGCUUGACUCCAGUGUUACAGACUUUGGACAAGUGCCUGAAGAGAACAUGCGAAGGCACUACCUUUCAUGGUUGAUAUUAGGCCCCUUCGAGUUCACUCCAGCAGGCAAGAGGAAAGCUCCUUCCCGAAACCUGGUCCUCCCCUGUAUAAAGCAGGCUUGGAGUGAUAUUCCUAAAGAGAUGGUGAGGUGAUCCUUCAAGACUUGUGGCAUCUCCAAUGUACUUGAAGGAAUAGAAGACAAUGCCAUCUACGACCGUCCUGAAAUUGACGGAGAAGAUGAGGAGAUGAAAGAAGAAAUUGACACAGACAGCAAAGUUGAUGACGAACGCUGA